AUGGCGUCCACCAUGAUGAAGAUGAGGACUGCGCCCACCACGGGCUGCCGCGCAGCCACCCCCCGCGUCGCCGCCCCUAAGGCGACCCGCACCCCGGCCACCCUCCGCCGCCCGACCCUCGCGGCGCGCGCCGUCGCGGCCCCUGCGGCCAGCGCCCCCGUCGUGGACACGACCCAGACCCCCGCCGCCCAGGGCUUCACCAUGCCCGGUGAGUUUGAGAAGCAUGCGGGCUGCUGGAUGGGCUGGCCGUACGACAAGUACCUGUGGCGCGAGGACGCCCUGCCCGCCAAGAAGCAGUACGCCGCCGUCGCCAAGACCAUCUCCCAGUUUGAGCCCGUGACCAUGUGGGCCGACCCGUCAGUGGUGGAGGAGGCCAGGGGCUACCUGGCUGACGCGCCCAACGUGAGCGUGGUGGCCAUGCCCAUCAACGACGGCUGGCUGCGCGACUGGGGGCCCACCUGCAUCGCGCGCACCAACCCCGAGACCGGCAAGCGCGAGGUGGCGGGUGUGCACUGGGACUACGACUGCUACGGCGCCCCCGGCAAGAUCAGGGACGGCCGCCCCGCCAUGAUGCCCAACUGGGACAAGGACUAUGCCGCCGGCCGCGCGGUCCUGGAGCACUACGGCCUGCCCGUCUUCGAGUGCCCCCUGCACCUGGAGGGCGGCUCCAUCCACAGCGACGGCCAGGGGUGA